AUGAAUAACAUGAACGAGGAGAUGUUGUUCUUGACUGUAUCCCAGACUCCGAAUGUACAACAAUUAAGGCAAGAUAUUUGGGGGUUUCUUUCAAGAAGCAAGUACAAUGUACAUCAACUAAAGUUUACUUGGUCUCAAAUUCUUCUUGCCCAGGUUCCAAUGGCUCCAAAACAGCCAAGCACAGGACUCUUUGUGGGUCUAAACAAAGGGCAUGUUUUCACCAAGAAGGAAUUAGAACCUCGUCCUUCUGACAGAAAAGGGGAAGUUGACCCUUGUGAGGACUUAACUGAUGAUGACAUCAGAACUGCCAUACAAAAUGCAACAGGCCCUAGAUAUGCAUUGUUUGUACCUGAAAUGGGCUAUCGAUGUAUGGUGAAUGAGUUACAGAGAUUUCCUGUUCUCAGAAAGAGAAUGGAUGAUAUCAUAGUUGUGGAGGUUACCUUGCAGCAAGUGAAAUCUUCUAAGCUUGCAACAACAGUGUCGAGGCAAAAGGGUGGAGUUGAGUCUGAAAAAGCUCCACAAUCUGAAAGGGGUAUAAAGUCACGUGCAAUUCUUUCUAGGCCUUUUAAUGGAAUUGUCACAGAACAAGUUCUCUUUUUUUUCAUUUAA